CGGUGCAGCUCGCGGCGCGACCCCGGCCCGGACCCGUCGACCCCGGUGCACAGGAUCGAGCGCGCCCGCAUCAUGGCCAGCCCAAGAACCCGGAAAGUUCUGAAGGAAGUCAGGGUGCAGGAUGAAAACAAUGUGUGUUUUGAGUGUGGCGCGUUCAACCCUCAGUGGGUGAGUGUGACCUACGGCAUCUGGAUCUGCCUGGAGUGCUCAGGGAGACACCGCGGGCUCGGAGUGCACCUCAGCUUUGUGCGCUCCGUCACUAUGGACAAGUGGAAGGACAUGGAACUGGAGAAGAUGAAAGCUGGUGGGAAUGCUAAGUUCCGGCAGUUCCUGGAGUCUCAGGAGGACUAUGACCCCUGCUGGUCCCUGCAGGACAAGUACAACAGCAAGGCGGCCGCCCUCUUCAGGGACAAGGUGGCCACUCUGGCCGAAGGCAGAGAAUGGUCUUUGGAGUCAUCACCUGCACAGAACUGGACCCCGCCACAGUCCAAGCUGCUGACAUCCACUGCCCACCGAGCCUCUGGCCCGGCACAGAGCUCCACCGCCUCCUCCGACAAGGCCUUUGAGGACUGGCUGAGCGAGGACCUCGGCACCUACCAGGGGGCCCAGGAGAGCCGCUACGUGGGGUUUGGGAACACGGUGCCGCCUCCGAAGAAGGACGACGACUUCCUCAACAGCGCCAUGUCGUCCCUGUACUCGGGCUGGAGCAGCUUCACCACUGGAGCCAGCAAGUUCGCCUCUGUGGCUAAGGAAGGUGCUACCAAGUUCGGAUCCCAGGCCAGUCAAAAGUUCUGGGGCUCCAAGCAGCAGCCAGAGCUGGCAUCGGAGCUGGGCCACAGUCUGAAUGAGAACGUCCUCAAGCCUGCCCAGGAGAAGGUGAAGGAGGGAAAGAUUUUUGAUGACGUGUCCAGUGGGGUCUCUCAGUUGGCGUCCAAGGUCCAGGGAGUUGGCAGCAAGGGCUGGCGGGACGUCACCACCUUUUUUUCUGGGAGAGCAGAGGACCCCUCGGACAGACCCCUGGAGGGCCAGAGCUACCAGAACAGCGGAGGGGACAACUCCCAGAACAGCGCCAUCGACCAGAGCUUCUGGGAGACCUUCGGGAGCGCCGACCCCGCCAAGGCCCACCGGUCCCCGAGCAGCGACAGCUGGACUUGCGCCGACGCGUCUGCGGAGAAGCGGAGCUCGGACAGCUGGGACGUGUGGGGCUCGGGCUCCGCCUCCAACCACAGGAACAGCGACAACAGCGAUGGCGGGGAGGCCUGGGGGGGCGGCGGGGAGGGCCGGCCCAAGGCCUCCAGGAAGGCCGCUCCGCGGGCCGCGCAGGUGGACGAGGGCUGGGACACCCAGGACUGGUAGGCGCCCGGCCCGGCCCUGGGCCGCACCCUGUCUGCACGCCGCGUCCUCCCGCACCUUCCGUCCCCAGGAGCCCGCUGGGGCCGGACACAGGCUUGGGCGUGACUCGGGGUGGCGCCGCCUGCCACGUGGGGCUCAGCGCAUGGGGCUCGCUCUUCACGGCAGCGGCAGGCAGAGGCCGGGCCGCUGCCCUGCUGCCCAGUGUCCAGUGUUUGUCCAGUGUCCACCCGCCUGGGUUCCAGGUGCAGAGGAGGGCAGGGCCCUGCCGCUGCGGGAAGCCGGCUGCACCCGCUAAUAAACCCUCCCCAGGCUGCACGCAGCCAGUGUCCGU